AUGGGGAGAAAAACCCUGGUGAUGAGUUUAAAAAUGAAAUAUUGUACAUUGGAGGACAGCUCCUGCUUCCAAGUGAACAAAGGACAUGUUUACAGACACCACGUGGACUUUGGCUUUUCCUUUGUUCUGCGUUCCAGACGGAAGUUGAACGUGGCCAUAAAAAUCGAGCGAAGGGAUGUCUCCUUGUUUGAGGAGGAUUGCCUGGAGCUUUUAAAAAUCCAUAUUAUGAAUAAAUGCAAACGGAGUGAUCACGUAAAAUUGUAUCUGUGUAAUCGGAUCGCUGGGAUGGGUCGCUCGCUGGUGCAACUGUUAAGUGCCUACUUUGCGAGGCUGAAUUCGACUGCGGGGCUGCACGAGGGUACGAGUGAACUGUCGCGUAUCCUCGCCAGUGUUCGGCUCUACAUACGGGAUGUCGACGUGCUGAUGAGACUGGAGAAGGACGAUGGGACGCACGUCACGAGCAUCGCCAUUUUGAAGAAGAAGGUGUUGUGA